AUGUGUCACGGACAUCCCCGAUAUCACUCGUGUGCUCACACAUCACUCGUCUGGUAUUAUUGCCCUUCGGCACAUAUUGACUUGGAAACGGGCUUUGAAACGCCUUGCCGCAAUGUCUCGUUUGCGCCAGCCCAGUCCAGCCCGUUGUCAUGUCCUCUAAAGAACUGUCAGUUUGUAGACAAGGGUGGCAGCUGGAUAUGCUGCAAGUGCAAUCAAGGGCCCAACACUCAAGGCUGGUGCUCUACUCCCAUGGCCAACAUCCAUGAUGGCUUGAAUUCGUUACAACCGGAAGACGACCAAAGAACCUGUGACCAUGGAUGUUGUGAUGACUGCAAGAGA